AUGGCGACGAUGGCGUGGCUCCCGGCCGUCGCCCUGUUACUGACAGCGGCGGCUGGCCAAGAUCUGACACCGUCCGAAGGGAAUCGACCGCGAGUACCAGCCGGCAGUCCCGUGCUGGCCGAUCUCAUCGGGAUCCCGCGACAAUUCCAGCCGUCCAAACUGUUACCGCCACGCAACUCCACCGACAAGCUCCUGAACAUCGAGCGACAUCCCCGAAAACGGCAAUUAGCCGACCUUGCAGCGAAUUUCCAACCGCUGACGCUGCCCCUGAACGUCCAACCAUCCGCGCCACUUCAUCGAGCCGCUUUCGACACCAGCGCGAAGAUCGUCUCGACCAUUAACCAACCGGCGAAGCAAGGGAUCGAGCCGAGAAUCUCGUCCGCCCCGUCGCAUAUCACGUUCGUGACCCCGCAGAUCAUCCCCACCCAGCGAAGAAUUCAUGGUUACGACAGCAAUCAGUCGCCGUCCUUUUACCACAGCCACGGACAUCACCACGGCCAUCAACAUUCCCAUCAUCAUGGACACCAUGCUCACCACGAGCAUCACGCGAAACAUAAACACGAGCACGGUCACAAGCAUCAUCAGGAACACGAGCACAAACACGGCCACGAGCAUCAUGCAGAGCACAAACAUCACGAGGAACACAAGCAACAUCACGACCAUAACCACCAUCACGGUCACAAACAUCAUGAGGAUCACAAGCAUCAUCACGGCCACGAACACAAACACGAUCACGGGCACAAACACGAACAUAAACACGGUCACGAUCAUAAGCAUCAUGGGGAACAUCAACAUCAUCACGGUCAUCAGCAUCACUCGAAACACGAACAUCACGAGGAACAUAAACAUCAUGCCGAGCAUCAUCAUCACCACAAACAUCAUCAUCACAACGAACAUCAUCACCAUCACGACCAUCAUCAUGUUAACGAGCACCAUCAUCAUCAUACUCACAAGGAGACAGAGAAUCAUCAUCAUCAUCACGGACACGAGCACAAGGAGGAUCACAAGCAUGCUCACAAAGAGGACCACAAGCAUCAUCACGGCCACGAACACAAACACGGCCAUCACGAGGAUCAUCAUCACGGACAUCACGAGGAUCAUCAUCACAAACACGGCCACGAUCACAAGCACGCUCAUCACCAGGAUCAUCAUCACAAACACGGCCACGAGCACAAACAUGGCCACCACGAGGAACAUCAUCACGGGCAUCAUGAAGAUCACAAGCACGAGCAUCACGAGGAUCAUCAGCACAAACACGACCAUAAACAUAAACACGGCCACAAGGAGGAUCAUCAUCACGGACAUCACGAGGAUCAUCAUCACGCCCAUCACCAAGAUCACAAACACAAUCACCACGAGGAGCACAAACAUGGCCACGAGCACAAGGAGGAACACAAACACGGCCACGACCACAAACAUCACCACGAUCAUCACGAAGAUCAUCAUCAUCACGAACAGCAUAAACACCACGAAGCCCACGAGCAUAAGCACGGCCAUUCGCACGAGGAGGAACACAAACAUUUAAAUGAUCAUCGUCAUAAACAUCACCAUGACAGCCAUCACAAACAUCACGAGGAUCAUCAUCAUUCCGCUUACCAACAUCACGGACACGAACAUUUUAAAGGACUCGGGCAUUAUUUCGACGCCUCGCAAAACCACGAGGAAUACGUGUUCCCCGAAGAAACCGAGACGGCCGGUGUGACGCAGGCAGCUGUUGUGGAUAUACUUAAGAUUAAAAACGAACCGGAAGUCACGGCAACCGUCGAGCAACCGGAAACGGCUCAGGUCUAG